UUUGUUUAAGAAAAAAAGCUGCCCUGUUGCAUCUUAUUUUUUCAAAGGAGAAUUAUUAACAAUACUUAAAUAUAUUAAGUGGUGUUUAUAAAAACUACAAAAUUGAUAAGACAAAAAAAAAUCAUUGAUCUCAUCGGCAGUGACUUUAUUUAAGAAAAUCAAAAGGCUUUUUAUUCUGUUAUUCAUUUAAUUUUUUAAUUUUUCUUAAAUUUCUCGAACAAUUAUCAAGAUGAUAAGGACAGUUUAUUAUAAUAUAAUAUUUUUAUUGUUAGUCAAUUUUUCACUCGAAUAUGAGUAUCCAGAAGAUAAUACUUUAGAUUAUGGAAAUUUGAAUGUUAAGCAACAAAUUAUGAACCUUCAAGCAGCUCAAAGAAGCAUAAACAAAAAAAAUGAAGAUGUUUCUGAUGCAAAAUAUUCAAAACCAAAUAUCAAAAAUAUUCCACCUCAAUUAAAAGAAGAUUAUAAGCAUGUUGAUAAUUGGCCAACAUCGUCCAAAAAACUUGGAGCAGUAAGCGCAGUUGCGCUUGACGUAUACAAAAAUGUCGUUGUUUUUCAUCGAGGUGACAGAAUCUGGAAUGCAGAAACAUUUGAUGCACAAAAUGUUUUUAAACAACGGACUUUAGGGCCGAUAAAGGAAAAUACAAUUAUUACUUUUGAUCGUGAUCAAGGAAAUAUUAUUAAUGAAUGGGGAAGUAAUCUUUUCUACAUGCCUCAUGGCUUGCACAUCAAUGGAAAUUAUUACUAUAUUACAGACGUUGCACUUCAUCAAGUUUUCCGUUUUGACAUCAAAAAUUCUACAAGAAGGCCUGAUUUAGUCCUUGGAGAUCCGUUUAAGCCAUCAAUGACAUCAAAAACAUUCUGUAAACCAACUUCUGUUGUACAAUUAGAAAACGGCGACUUUUUUGUUGCAGAUGGAUAUUGCAACGCAAGAAUUAUUAAAUUCAACUUUAAAGGAGAGAAAAUUUUAGAAUGGGGAAGAAAUUCAUUUUCUGGAGAAAUUUCUAAUGGUCCAGAACCACCUAAUAACUUUGCUAUCCCACACGCUUUGACUCUUGUCCCUUCGAAGGAAUUACUUUGUGUUGCUGAUCGUGAAAAUGGUCGCAUUCAAUGUUUUUACUGGUCUGAUGGAAAGUUUUAUUCCCAAUAUCAUAGCAAAAUUGUAGGAGAUAGGGUUUUCAGUGUUGAUUACGCAAAUGAUUCAUUAUUUGUUGUUAAUGGUCCAGAAGAUGUGCGUAAUAGAGAUGUAGCUGGAUAUAUUUUUGAUAUGAACUCAGGAGAAGUUAGUGGAAAAUUUGGCACAUUUUUAGAUCCCCAUGAUAUUGCUGUCACCCCCGAUGGCAGAGAAAUAUAUGUUGGUGACUUAUCGCCUGAUAACACUGGAAGUAGAAUUCACAAAUAUUUGCUUAAUGGGAUUAAGCCAACAAUAACACGUGAAGGUGAUUUGAUAAAUACAAUACCAACAACUAAACUGCCAAUGCGCCGUGGUGAGACAGCAUUGAUUGUUGGAUCAAUUGUGCUACUGUUUGCUGUAUUUACAGUUGGUAUAGCGAUUUUAAUUUCGAAACGUAAAAGGAGAGGAAAAAAAAUUGUUGGGCACCUUAAAUUUCCUUGGGAAAGAGCAGACUCAAAAAAACUAUUUUACAAUGAAUACAAUCAAUUCGAAAAAAUUCCUCAAAAUGAUGAUUCCACAUCUGAUAAUCAAAACGAAUUUGCUUAGUUCUGUUUCAAUUUCUUCUCAUUUUGUUUCAGUUUUUUUUUUAUUAUUAUUUUCUAUUAUCAAUUUAUAAAUUAUAAUUUAAAAUUUCUCAAAUGUGAUUAAUUUGAUACAACUUACUGUGUACAAAAUAUAUUUUUCAGUAUUAAAUGGAUUAAAUGUAUAAAACUAUCUAAACAUUCUUGUUUGAAAUAUAUUAAUUGAAAAUGUAAUAAUAUAUGCAAAAUCUAAAUAAUUUUUUUAGAAUAUCAAGACUAAUGUAAA